CAAAAUUCACUUUCAAAUAUAAUAUGAUUUCUUCUAUUAUCGACUACAUUCAAAAUAUAUAGAGACAUUAUACACUGACACAUACCAAUAAAUACAUAAACGUUAUGUAUGUACAUGCAUAAGGCACUCGCUAAACGUAAACAAAACUCCUCGGUUACGUUUCGGUCAUGGAUUACAGCUCAGUGGCGGCGUUCGAAGAAGCGGCUUGUCCGUUAUACAGUGCCACUUUAUCAAAAAGCUCUUUGUCUUGUUUCAUGUUUCAAAGUGAUGAAAUAAUCUCUCUACUUUUUCUUUCGGUACGGCUUCUUCAUUUGUUUGCUUCAUGCAAACAUUAUUUUGAGUGUCGAAUUCUGAGGACUAACAUUGCGUCAUGAAGGUGUCCAUUGUGUUAAGGCGGUCGACAAUAAUUGUGUUUCUAUAUAUGUAACAAAUAUGUAGUGGACGAAAGUGAUUGCAGUGUUAAAUGAUUUGGUUGAUGUGCUUGGUCAGAACGAGAGGAUUAACAACUGAACAAUUAGAGGAUUACGCAUAUACAAAUCUUAUUAUCUUGUUUCGGAAGUCUUUGAGUGUCAGCGGUUCUUUUUAACUCAGCAAUAUGGAUGAAAAAGAAAAUAAUUUACAAACUCAUUGUAAUGGAGAAAACUCAUAUAAGAUAAGACAGCUUUCUGAUGGUUUACAAAGGAUUGAUAUUAAUCAGAUUGAUUAUUAUAAUGGAUUAGGUACUAGUGAAAGUUUAGAUGCAACGAUUGGCUAUAAGAAUAAUGAUUUUCAAGUGACUAUUAAUCUUAACGAAGAAUGUCAAUUUAAAAAUAAACAUCAUACCUUAAAGAAUACAGUUGAUACAGAUGUCAAUAUGUUGCUUGAGUUUGGAGAAGGCAUGGAAAAUCAAAAUUCAAUGGAGUCAUUUAUAGGUUCACCGAAAUCAAAUAAUGAAGGUGCGAAAGCAUUAAAGAAAGAAACAUGUCACGAAGCAAAUCAACAAGGCAUCAAUGUGCAAAGUGCUAAAAUUAAAUAUCACUCUUCUGAGCAUGCAAAUGUAAUCAAAAGUAGAAGCUAUCAAAGCUACAGUAAUUUAAUUACCAAAUACUGUUUUAAAUGCAAGUUAAUUUCAAAGAAUAUUGUAGACUGGAAGUGCUCCAACUGUCAGUUGUUAUUACAAUUUAAAUGUAAGAAAUGUAGCAGUGUAUUCAAAAACUACAUCGGGAUAUUGAAUCACAUAAAAUGUGAAUGUUACACAUUACCAACCUACUACUGUCCUAUUUGUAAUUACAAUACUUAUAGUAAAGUCAGUCUUAUACGUCAUACACAAACUGAGCAUUCCUUGUUCGAUGAAUCAGAAUACUCUCAUCGGUGUUCUACGUGCAAAAAAAAAUUUAAAGAGCAGCAUUCGCUAUUAAGACAUCAAAAAAUGUGUGAAAAUAAACUUAAUUUAAUCUGUCAGUAUUGCCCUUACAAAACUAAUCUGCAUCAUCUUCUUAUACAACAUAUACAGAAGAAACAUCAUCAACAUGUUAUUAGCUGUCAUAAGUGUCCUGGUUGUGACAAGAAGUACAAAGAUUCAAGAACACUUCAUUUACAUAUGAAAUUCACAUGCAAUGUAAAACAAUUCUUCCAAUGUGAUCAUUGUCAUUUUAAAACUGAUAACAAGUUUUCUUUGGUUAGGCAUGUUCAAGAAGUACACCAUUAAUUUAUGAAAAAAUCAAUCUUGUAAAUAAGUAAGGUACUUUUCUCAUAUAAAAAGAAUUAUUUUAUUGCAUUCAAAGUGAUAAUUGUGUAAUAAUAAUUAUUCAAUUCAAAUUUGUUAAUAUUUUUUCCAUUGUAAAAUAUAUACUUAUUAUAUUUCUUAUAUCUUUAUGAUAACAUUAAUGAUUUAAAUUAAAAGUGAAAAUUAGUUUUAAGAGUUCAAAGAAUAUGAUUGUAAAUAAUUUUGUAGAA